ACAUCAACCAUCAUGGAUUUCAAAUGUUCUGUGUUCUUUUGUGUCGUUCUGUGUUUUGUGGAAGCCCACGGUGCUGAGAAGUACACGACCAAGUACGACAACAUCGACUUGGACGAGAUCUUGCGGAACCAGAGGCUUUACAAAAACUACUUCGACUGUCUCAGAAACCAGGGGAAAUGCACGCCCGACGGAAAAGAGCUCAAAGAAGCUCUGCCGGACGCGUUGGCCACUGGGUGCGCAAAAUGCAGCGAAAAACAGAGAAAAGGUUCAGAGAAGGUGAUCAAGCACCUCAUUGAAAACAAGUCCGAAGAUUUCAAAGUUUUGGAAAAACUUUACGACCCGGAAGGUGUGUACAGGAAGAAGUACGAAAAGGAGGCCAAAGAGCUUGGAAUCAAACUCUAAAUUAUUGUUUUUUUUACGUAUAUCAGCAGAUUUUAAAUAUAUUUUAUCCUACAUAAACAAAA